AUUCGCGUUUACGUUUACGUUUGGCACUCCGACAGCCAGACUUUCCACCCAGCCUGCAUCUGCAUCCGCUGACUCCUCUCCCCCCCAAUCUCCUCUGGCAACCAGCCAGCCCAGGCUCCAAUUCCAGGCUCUGGACACCAACCCCCAGAGGCUUCUCAGGCUCCAAAGCCGGCAUCGGGGUUUUCCAGUUUCAGACUCUCCAGUCCAACUUGGAAUUCCCUGCUUUUUUCCAGGACAUUUUCCUGGUCAAACCAUGACCGACCCAGCCGAUUCAUUCUCUCAUUCACAGUUCCAUCCGCUGUCUCUUCGACCUGGCGGUCCUUCUCCGUCGACUUCCCCUCAACCCAACCUUGAGCAACAACAGCAGCAUCACCGUCAACAGCUACAUCAACAGCCACAGUCGCAACCUCAGCGUCCAUUCGCAUCUCGACAACUCAGCUCUUCUCCCGACCUCAUCGUCGACGGAUCUGACAUGUCAAAUUACGCCAAUCAAAUGCGUCGCCCCUCGGGCCCUGGAAACGCCAACGGGUCCCCUGGACCUCUUCCACCUCAGUCACCACCUCUACCAUCCAUGGCCCUCAACAACCAAUACUCUAGUCGAUUCCCCAGCUCUCAGUACGCUAGAGCAUCUGGAGACACCAGUUCUCAAGCUGGCCCAUCAUCACCCAUCCACGACCCUGGCAAUCCUUUUUCAGAGCCUCCUCAGUCUCGAUCGAGAAGUAGUACUUUAGGUCAGAAUUAUCCCAUCGUCGUCGGCAAUGGACCUCCAGGCCAGCAACCAGGUGGCGCUGCCCCUCCUAUGCCCAACUCUCCACCACAGCAGAAUCCCCACGCUCAACCUCUAGUCGCGCAACACUCUGGAUUCGCUCAACCUGGCCAAGGCCCCUCGUCGUCGGCUGCCUCCAUUCACUCACGCCCUGUAUCUCGUGGAGGACCAUCAGGUGCUGGUGGCGGACCCAGCACGCGACCAACGUCGCGAUCACCAUUCUCGACUCCACUGACCAGCCCGCCUCGACAACGGCCACAUCAAAUCCUACUGAUUAACCCCAACAGCUCUCGAUCAAUGACAGAGGCCAUGCUCAACAGUCUGCGACCAGUAAUCCCCGCAGGAAUCGAAGUGACAGGGUACACGGCGCCGUACCCAGCGCCGACGGCGAUUGAAAGCGCUACAGACGGCAUCAUGUCGACGGAGGCAGUACUACGAGACCUAGCCAAGCACGCCGCCAGCAACGGGGAAACAGUGCAGAACUUCGACGGCAUGAUUGUAGCCUGUUUCACCAAACACGCACUGAUCGAGGCGUUGCGGGAGUCGUACGAUGUUCCCAUCGUAGGUAUCAUGGAGGCGUCACUAUACGUGGCACGAAUGCUAGGCGGACGUUUCGGCAUCGUGGCCACAGCUGCCCGUCACAAAAUCAUGCUCGACGACCAAGUCGCAUCCUACGGCCUCAACCACUUCUACGUCGGCAGCGAAGCCACCCAUCUAGGUGUACUGGAACUCGAAACCCGGUCCAAGGACGAAGUCGCCAAGCGUGUCAUGCACUCGUCGCGUGCACUCGUUGUUAAAGGUGCCGAUACCAUCCUGCUCGGCUGUGCAGGUAUGGUCGACAUGACCCGCGCGGCAAAGGAUGCUGUUCGCGAUGAAGACGGUCGUCGCACAGUCAAUGUGAUUGAUGCCGUUGAGGCCGGUCUCAUGAUGAUGGCGUCGCUCGUCUCCAUGGGAAUUCCGACCAGUAAAAAGGGGCUCUAUAAGGGUGAAAAGGAGGCUAGGCGGGCUAGAGGUCAGAAUUGGUUGUGAUGAGGGCAGCUUGACGAGAUUAAUCUCAAGGAAGAACGAAAAAAAAGAGGUGGAUGGGGAAAUCAAAACCCUUGAAAAAAUUUGUCGCAGGGGUUCGUUCUAUCCCGUUGACGCACCAAUACGUUAGAUCCGUUCACGACUUGUGAGAUGGAAUGUCUUUUUAUGGAAUUGUCGGGAUAUAGAAUGACAUGUGAUUCAACGGGCUGGAAUGCGAUUUGAUGCGUCUGGAUGAGAUGGAAUGGAAUGGGAAUCAAUGCGAUCAACGAAAUGCAAUGCGAUACUACUUACAUUCCUAGCUCAUGUCAAUUCCAAGACCUGAUCGCACAAGUUACCGAGCCUAGGAAAAGAAAUUUGUUUUGGUACAGUGGUUGGUCUUCGUCUACAUCGACCUCUCCAUUGAGCAGUAUUAUCAAACUUGACUAUAUUUAAUCUGACAGUAUGAAAUCCAC